AAUCAAAUCAAAUGUAUGUGUAAACCAUACCUACCACGUUAGUUUGUUAAAUAUUUCACGUAUAUAUAUUUGAAAAAGGAAGUAAAUACCAAAUAGACUUAUAACAGAAAUUUUUAUCAUAAGCCAAAAGCUCAACAGAAAGUGUUGAAUUUUACUCAUUCUUAUAAUACAAAAUGGCAGCUGUGUUGGGUCGUACCGAGGUCGGGGUAAAGGAGUUUGGUCGGACCGUUACAAUAUCCAACGACCCAAAGGCUCGACUCAUGUACUACUUAGACUGUAUGUGUGUUGUCCUUGAUCUUAGCGACACGGCAAAUCUAACACGGCUCAGAAAUUACGGUCAGUACUACUUGCUGUCCGAGGCCGAGACGGACGCUCUCGUUUCACUGUGUUUUCUUCUCUCUCCAGACGAACUUAGCGGGAAAGUCAUAUUUCAGGAUGACAGUAUGUGCGGAGAUAGUAACAACAGCUUCUUUGAAAUCAGCGCCGUUCAACACAAUUUACUUCUGUCAGAUUCGAUCAUCAUCGGUGGCCAACGCCGUCACGUGUCUAAAAUCAUGGCAUUCAAACAACAAUGGCUUAUCACCAACUGGGUGACUCCCAUGCAACAGUUCAGUCCUAGGCUAGCUAGAAUCGCCGCCGGUGGAGCUGGAACGGGAGGAACACAAGCCAUAGAGUACAACCAGACACCGCAGUACACCGCACAACCUGUAUACAAUAGACAACCGCAAAGAACAUACAGCAGUGACGACAGCUGUUGCUGCACAAUAUUGUAAACAUACUUUGUCACAGCUUAACACAAAACCUUAUACAAAUAGCCAAUAACAGCAGGAUUAUGUAUAUUUUUCUUUGUCCUGCACUGGUAAUUUAUUAUAGUAUAGACUCGUAUUGACCAAAUUGAUUAUAAUGUGAUUUAGCUUAAACGUAGCUUACAGACUGCGGUCAUGUCUUUUUGUCCUACGUAGAGUGCGAAUGCGCGAAAUUUCACUUCCAUUACUAAGGAGCGGACCAAGUGUAAAUGCAUCUAUCUGAAGAUACUGUGCCGCCAUAAGGUCAGUAAGUCCUUGCAGCGUGGACCGAUACCCUGGCUAGUUACAUUUGACAAAAUUGCCUUAACAAAACAUCUGCUAUUGUAUUUUGACCUGUAAAUAAAAAUCCAUGGUCUUUAUAUGCAUGCUUGACUGUAGUAGUCGAGGAACAGAACAGUAUAAAACUGUUGAUUUCUUUAUAAAUCUAUGCAUUGCAUGUAAUAAAAUACUAUACAGGAAAUACAUGUACCAUAUACUAUGAUCAAUGUAAAAUGAAAAUUCUGAGAAAUAUUUCAAGCCGAUGGUUGUUCUAAUGAGCAAGAUCACAUAUAUAUGCAGGACAAGAACAUUGUAUUCACAUAAUUGAUUCACAGAUAUACAUGUUUCAUUGUUAUGUCAUUCGAAGAUAGCUGGUAUGUAUUAAAAUAAUAUAAAAACUUU